UCUGCGAGCGCACGCGCCAUGCCCCAGUGACAGUGACAGUUGACAUUUGACAGUUGACAGUGCCACCAUGAAGCUGAUACUUGUUAUGUUGGCGGUCAGCCCCUUGCUGGCGCAGGAGGAUUCGUUCGCGAGCUCCUUUCUUUCCGGUCUCCUAGACACAUUGGACACACAAGUAGACGCCAAGAACUGCCCUGGCGUGUGCAUGCACGCCAUCGCAUCUCUCAUCUGCUCCAACGUUCUGGAUGAGGUGGAGUGCCCCAAUCCUUCUAUGAAGUGCUGUGUGGAUGAGCCUCUAGGCAACGACACGCUAUCCACAACGCGGCGACCGUUCACGACGCGCUACACGACACCGGCUGAAGAAGAGGACGAACCCACGACGCCGGCGCCUGACAGAUACAAAGACAGUGGUAACAUCGCUUGUCCCGGCACUUGCGUGGAAAACCGUCUGACACAGUACUGCGAGGCGUACCUAACGUCCCGGGACCUCUGUGUGUCCGGGCGACUAUGUUGCGUGGCCAAAGAUGGCUACGGAGACAGAAGACCGACAGACCUCGUGGUUCCCAGCGAGAAUAAGAAGCACACGAAACGGCCUACCACUGCUCUGACUACGACAACACCCCCCUCAAAAUACAAGGGCCCCACCCGCAAAUGCCGCGGCGACUGCAUCAGCGGUCUGUUCGCUUUGCUCUGCGACCACGUGGACGAAGACGCGUACUGUCCCGGGGAAGGGACGUGCUGUGCUACUGAGCCUAAAGGAGAACAGACCACGACCAGGCGACCGCCAACCACACCCAGGCCUACUACACCGGCACCGCUGCCCCGUUGCCCUGGUUACUGUCUGCUGAACAUCAUGGCGGCAUUCUGCGAGCGGCCCGCCGUGCUGGUCUCGCACACGCAGUGCAAGACUAGCGGCUCCGUCUGCUGUGACAAUAGCAGAGUGCCCCCGCGCACCACGCAGCGGCCAACGACGACGACUCCCAGCACGACGCAAGCGCCAGCCGACCCGCGUCCCGACUGCCCGGGCUCCUGUAUCGUCUCCCUGCUUUCGUUUACCUGCUUCCGCAACGCCGAAAUGACGGACGUGUUCAAGUGCAAGAAGGCAGGCACGCAAUGCUGCGCGCCGAAAUCCAAAGUGCUGGAGGUGACCGGCGUGCAGAGGAACGACACGUACCCCCUCGCCACGCCGCAGUACGAGCCCUACACCACCACACCACACCCUCCGCCCAUGACUGUCCCGUAUGAACCAACCUACGGCUCGACUAUAAGAGUGCCUGAAAAAUACAACAAAUACGUUUGCGGAGUUAAAGGAACCUCCUCCCGCAGCUCCCGCCGCCUCGGCCGCGUGAUGGGCGGCGAGGACGGCGAGCGCGGCGAGUGGUGCUGGCAGGUCGCGCUCAUCAACUCGCUCAACCAGUACCUGUGUGGAGCCGCCCUUAUAGGCACACAGUGGGUGCUGACUGCCGCGCACUGCGUCACUAAUCAUCGUCGUUCCGGUGACGCCAUUUACGUCCGCGUCGGAGAUCACGACCUCACGCGCAAGUACGGAUCGCCCGGCGCCCAGACGCUACGUGUAGCCACCACUUACAUCCAUCACAACCACAAUAGCCAGACCCUGGAUAAUGACAUAGCGCUGCUCAAGCUACAUGGGAAAGCGGAGCUCAAAGAAGGAGUGUGUCUGGUGUGCCUGCCGGCGCGAGGUGUGAGUCACGCGGCAGGCAAGCGCUGCACCGUCACCGGCUGGUACAUGGGCGAGACCGGCCCCAUCCCCCUGAGAGUGCGAGAAGCCGAACUUCCCAUCGUCAGCGACGCGGAAUGUAUCCGGAAAGUGAACGCAGUCACUGAGAAGAUCUUCAUCCUUCCUGCCAGUUCAUUCUGUGCUGGUGGUGAAGAAGGAAAUGACGCCUGUCAGGGCGACGGCGGCGGGCCGCUGGUGUGCCAGGACGACGGCUUCUACGAGCUGGUGGGGCUCGUCUCGUGGGGCUUCGGCUGCGGCCGCCAGGACGUGCCCGGCGUCUACGUCAAGGUGUCUUCGUUCAUCGGGUGGAUAAACCAGAUCAUCUCCGUCAACAACCUAUAGUAUUAGACGACACUAGAACUUUUUUUAAAGUCCGAGAUUUAAUAAUGUUCAUAUUAGGCUCACAGCUGGUUCACAGUGAGCCGAUUGUACGCGUAUUCUCAAAGUUAGUGUUCACAUUGAGGUACCAAGACAGGUAUAUCUAAGACAGGUACAGGUAUAUAUAUUAUCUGUGAACCAAUUUGUAAAGAAAACGACUAGAAAUUAAAAAGAAGUUAAUGUUAACAAAUCGUAAUGUAAACAUUUGGUCCAUGGAAUCUCAACUUCAAUUUUAAUUGAUCCGAAUGUAACUUUAACUUUAUGCACUUUUGAAACUCCGUCAAAGUCAACAGCACAAAGACAAAUUGAAUUUAUUUGGAUAUUAUUCUGCAGCUCAAUUCAUUCUAGUUUCCGCGAUUCGCCUUAAGCAUGCGAAUAAAUUGCGAAAACAGUGUUUUCGAAACACAAUAGUAGGUAUAAGUAAAGUCACUAUCAGAUACAUCAUAGCCUAGGUGUUCACAAAUAUUUGAACACACAUACUCAAAUAUUUUUGGGCCCCUAUGGCUGGUGACUGCACUAAAAGUAGAAGUGAAAAAAAGACAUCCACUUCACUCUAAAUGUAAAUAAAUAAGUUCUUAUUUAUAUUAAGUUAGUUUAAGUUAGGAAUAUUUAAUUUAUUUCGGCGGCAUUUAUUUUUCUCCCACCACUUAUUUAUUCUGCACCCGAUAGGACGCCAUUGUUAAACAGCGUGUGUAUUCCAUACGAGUGAAUAUCUUAAUAACGAUUAGUAUCGCACCUAAGAAAAGUAAGAAGCCUAUCUACGUGUUUUUUUAAUUAAUAACACAAUUCAGUCACCCUAAUUGGAAUCUUUAUAAAAUCUUAAUUAGUGCACUUAAACUUAUUUCUAAAAAUCGAUCUAAUCUAAAUUAAAAAAGACGUGAGCAGAGUUCAGCCCCUAGGCACCUAUCACGGGACUUAUUCUCAAAGCUGUGCUUUUCGUAACCAAGGAGGAGAUAAACCAUAUUUUUAAUUGCACGAUCCUUUAAAUUGCUUCUCACAACAAAAUUACCAACUCUUAUAGACAUGAACAAACAAAGUCAUUUAGGCACAAAAAUAUAUAGGUAUAUUACUUUUCUUGUAGGCGUAGGUGCAUUGAGGGGCGUGCAUUGUAUAGAUGCUUUAUCCCUAAAGUUCUGAUUUAGGUCUAUGAAAAAUCGCUUUUAUAGUCCUCAAUACUUAUAAAUAUUAUUUAUUGUAUAAUUAAGUUUUAAAUAUAUUCAUUUGAGGAAACUGGGUGCUAUAUAAAAGUUUUCUCUUUUUAUAUUACCUACAUAAAUUAGGCCAUCAACCUCAUUUAAAUCAAGGUUUUUUCCGAUAUUU